ACUGAUAGAGACGGAGACCGCGUGCAUCUCUUUCUCCAGAGCAACAAGAAGAUAAGCUUACGUGACUUGCUGGCCGUAUUACUGCAUUGACGUUGGUAGCGAUCGGUCGAUCCCUCGAAUAUCUCUUGCGUUCAUUGGUGAUUUAAAAAAAAUCAAGUGUGAAUUAUUGCAGAAGAGUACAAACAUGUCCGGAUCCAAGGACAAUCUAACUGCCGUCCUGUACGGAAUUGAGGACUUAAGAUUGGAACAACGACCCAUUCCAGUUCCAAAGGAUGACGAGGUCCUCCUGGAGAUGGAUUGCGUCGGUAUCUGCGGAUCGGAUGUUCACUACCUGGUCAACGGGCGCAUCGGGGACUUUGUGGUUCGGAAACCGAUGGUAAUUGGUCAUGAAGCGGCCGGAGUUGUCGCCCAGGUCGGUUCCAAAGUUCGCAACCUGAAGGUUGGUGAUCGCGUGGCGAUCGAACCAGGUUACGGUUGUCGCGUUUGCGACUUUUGCAAAGACGGACGCUACAAUCUGUGCUUGGACAUGAUCUUCUGUGCAACGCCACCCUACGACGGAAACCUGACCAGAUACUAUACCCAUCCGGCUGAUUUCUGCUACAAACUGCCCCAGCAUGUGACUAUGGAGGAAGGAGCACUGCUGGAACCGCUGUCCGUAGGAGUUCACGCUUGUCGAAGGGCCGGCGUUGGUCUGGGUUCGCAAGUGUUGAUCCUCGGAGCUGGUCCGAUUGGAUUGGUGACGCUCAUUGCCGCCAAAGCGAUGGGAGCUGGUAGGGUCGUGCUGACGGAUCUACUGCAGAAUCGACUGGACGUUGCCAAAGAGUUGGGAGCGGACGGAACCGUGGUCGUCGAAAGAGGAGCUGACGAACAGGAAGUCGUCAAGAAGGUCCAUGCAUUAUUUGAUGGUGCGCCAGAUAAGACAAUUGAUUGCAGUGGAGCCGAGGCCACUUCGAGACUAUCAAUCUUGGCCACCCGAUCGGGUGGCUGCGCCGUGCUAGUCGGUAUGGGCCCAGCGGAAAUCAAAAUCCCACUGGUGAAUGCACUGUCACGUGAGGUCGAUAUUCGUGGCGUGUUUCGCUAUUGCAAUGACUACCCGUCUGCGUUGAGUCUCGUGGCGAGUGGUAAGAUCAACGUGAAACGCCUGAUAACGCAUCACUUCAACAUCGAGGAAACGGCGGAAGCUUUCAAUACUUCUCGACACGGACUUGGCGGGGCCAUCAAGGUUAUGAUUCACGUGCAACCGAAGGAUAAGAAUAAUUCAAGGUAGAUGCUAAUGAUGCUUAAUUUAAGUAAACUUCAGUAAGUUAAUUCGUAAAUACCUGUGGAAAGUUCAGCAAAAAAUUUGAUGUUUUUAAUUUAAGGUGAUUAAAUAAAACA